AACCCUGAGCAGAGAUUUCCCCUAAACCCUCGUCUGUCGUCCCCAACAUCCCCCAUUUCUGACACCCUCCUCGUGCGGCCAUGGCGGGCUCGGAUCUGGAGCCUGACAUCGCCGACCUCUUCUGCCACUACAACGCGCUCUACUUCCACGACUCCCUCGGCGCGUGCGCCGUCUCCUGGACCGAAGAGCCGCUCCCCUACGGUACCUUAAGUGCUUGUGAGUAUUAUCCUGGAGGUGGUGGCUGUAUUGUACUUCUCUCCAAGUCCUUGUACGAAUGCCACCCAGACUCGGAUCUGAAGAAUGUUCUGCUCCAUGAGAUGAUUCAUGCCCAUAUGUGUGUCAAAGACAAUAAUACAAACCAUAGUGACCAUGGUGUGAACUUCCAGAAGCUGAUGAAUACAAUCAAUUCAAGCUCUUUACCAGAUGCUCAUCGACCUGUUGGUGGCUACAGUAUAAUUGUGCCCCAUGAGAUCAGGAAGAAAUAUCAAUACAAAUGCGAAAGAUGUGGAGAUUUGGUCAAGUCAACCGAGAUCAGAGGACCUUCACAUGAUGACUGCAUUGAGAGAAUGGGUGCUAAUUACUCGUGUACGAAUUCAAUGUGUCAGUGGCAUAGUCACAAGAAGCGGUGCUCUGGUAGCUACUAUACAGUUCGAGAAUCACCAACAGGCGGUGUGAGACUAAAGGGUUCAAUAGCUUCUUCAGCUAAAGAAACACUUGGUGAGCGCAAGGCUGAUGAAUUAGCCAGUGGAAGUUGGCAUGCCAGACAUAUAUCAAAUAAGGGCGGGACAAGAAAUAAACAUGAAAGGGAAGACGCGUCAGCUGAGUUCCUUCAUCUUACUCCUGCUGCAAUUGGCAGUUCAGGUCUGGGCUCCUCUUCCGGGGACAGGUCUAGUAAGAGAAUCAAAUUGUCCAAGGACCGUGGCUUUGACCUCUCGACUGCCACAACUUUUCAGCAAGUACCAAAGAGACCAAGAACAGAUGCAUUAAACAAGAACCAAAAGGGCAGCAGACAAAAGAAAAGGAAAAUAAGCAAGUGGGAUGGUUCCUACUCGGUACUAAUCGAACAGAUGAAUUAUUAUUUUUUAGAUCAUUCAGAGGAAGAUGAGGUACCUUUGAUAAACAAAAGAACUGAAAGGAGAAAACGACAAAAGUUACUGCAAAGUUCUCAGGCUACGCAAUCAAGCAAUGGUGUCGGGGGUUCUACUUCCAGUUCUCUCGAGGCCCAGGGGACAAUAACAGAUCUGAAAUAUGUGCCUGCUUCUCAAACUGAUGAAAGGUUGUUGCCAAAUCAUCUCGCGAGCAAUCAUGUAGCUGCUGCUUAUCAAACUGGUCAUGGAACUGUACAUUCUCCGCUAGAUUCACCAAUGGCUGGUGAAAUCGUGGACAUUUCAGAUGGGUGACUGUCACAGUUUCUCUCCCAGCUGAAGCUUUCCGUUUUGCAUGUUGCUACAGUUUAGAAAUGUUUAGGGUUGUAAACUUAAACCUCAGUUUAAGGUGCAUCUUGCUACUGAGAUGGGCAGGAUGCUGUUGUGCCGUCCUGUUAAGUGUUCGUCAUGUACAUACUUCUGUUGCAUUUGGCCCCUUGUGCUAGCAUAGAGAACGGGUUUCAGUGUUA